GCGGCGCUAAAAUAAGAUACAAGGAAGAAGAAAGAAUACCGGAGAUAGAGGAAAAGAAGAAGAGAUCGAAAGAUUUAGGGAAGAAGAAGAAGAUGGCGGGUACGUUGACGGAGACGUUUUACAUAUCUCACGGAUCACCCACUUUGUCGAUUGACGAAACCCUUCCGGCGAGCCAUUUCCUAAAGAAAUUCAGGGAGACUACAUUCGCCCAAACCCCAUCAGCCAUUCUCGUCAUCUCCGGCCACUACGACACCGAUAAACCCACCGUCAACGUCGUCUCCGGCCCCAACGAUACAAUUUACGAUUUUUAUGGAUUCCCCAAACAGAUGUACGAGAUUAAGUAUCCGGCUCCAGGUGCACCAGAAUUGGCGAAAAGGGUAAAGGAAUUGCUUAUGGGGUCAGGUAUAGAACAGGUGAAUGAGGAGAAAGGGCGUGGACUUGAUCAUGGGACAUGGGUUCCAUUGAGGCUAAUGUAUCCUGAUGCAGAUAUUCCAGUUUGCCAGCUUUCUGUUCAAUCAAAUAAGAAUGCAGAGUACCAUUACAAAAUGGGAAAGGCAUUGGCUCCUUUGAAGGAGGAAGGGGUCUUGAUAAUGGGAUCCGGGGCAGCCGUUCACAAUCUGAGAACUCUUCGUCAAUCUAAAAGUAUUGCUCCAUGGGCAUUGGAGUUUGAUACUUGGAUAAAGGAUGCAUUGCUUGAUGGAAGGUUUGAUGAUGUGAAUGAAUUUGAAGUGAAGGCACCUCAUGCAAAACUAGCUCAUCCUUAUCCUGACCACUUUUAUCCACUUCAUGUAGCCAUGGGAGCAGCUGGGGAGAAGGCUAAGGCCGAGCUAAUACACAAUAGCUGGGACCUUAGCACCCUUUCCUAUUCCUCCUACAAAUUCACUUCUGCAUAAAAUAUUAUUUCUUAACAAAUUAAGGAUCUUAACUUAUAUUCUUAUUACUAAUGUAAAAUAAUGGGGUGAUGUUUUUUUCUUUCUUUUUUUUAAAUGAUCUUUAUAAAGACUCGAAUUCAUGACUGACAAUAUCUAUCUGGUUUGGUAUGAUGUUAUACGAGGUUAUUUCAAUAGCCUCUCUUGAGGUAUGUAUUUUGAUU